GCAAACUUUUCAACAUGGUUAUCUUUACCACAUUUACAUCUAUUAAUAAUCGUCCUUCACGAGUAAAAUAUGUUUACAUAAAUACAAGCUUUAUUUAAUCUGUUCUAUUUUCAUAUUUUUUUUUUUACAUCUAUAUAUUUACGUGUGGGAAAUGUACGUGGCCGGAAACUCAGACUUCUGCGGAAGCUGUGCAAAUAUUUGCUCAAAUAUCAAACCAUUUCCCGGGAAAACGAAGCAAAACAAACUAACCAAGCGAGGGAGAGAUGAGUAAGCUUUCGUAAGUAGGUUAGCUUGCUACUUUUGAUUGUCUUUGAUCGCGUGCAGUGAGUCGCCUAUGAUGGUAUGCAGCCUGAAGCGAAAGAUCCAGAGGAGGAUAGUGUCUGGGAGGAACCACCUUCAAUGCUGUGGGGACUGGACCCCAUGUUCAACGCUUUCACCAGGCUCUAUGUCAAAGACAUCCUACAGAUGAGAGAGUCCUGUCAAGUGUCAGGGAUAUACUUCUACAACUCUCACCCGAUAUUCAAAGUUGAUGUGCUCGGGACUGUGGUGUACAAGCGAGAGCGAGAAGACUUCUUCUGUUACGGAGUUGAUGAUGGUACUGGUGUUAUAAACAGCCUUUGCUGGAAAGAUGAACAGUGGAGGGAUCAAGGUGACCCUGCAACAUCGGGAGCAAGGUCUUUCGGUAGCAGCGCACGUGGAGACUUCAACCCAGCCAACGAGCUGAAGAAACUACGGCAAGCCCAACACAGCAGCUCCCACCUGGAGAUAGGAGAACUGCUCAGGGUGCGAGGGCCCGUCAAGACCUCCAGACAACAGCGAGAGAUAAUGGCCUCUACUUACUAUAAAGUGUCAGACCCGGUGAUGGCGGUCCAGAUAUCCUGGAUGAUGGAGGUUCCUCAGCUCUACAGACAGUGCUAUGAUAAACCAUUCCAUCUGGACAGCUGUGCACAGAACCCUAACAUUCAAGGUGGUUCUGCUUCCUACCUGCUUGGCAGAGCCACUCGUAUCCUGAAGGACUUCCUCAAAGAGAAAGAAGUCACCAGGUUCAGACCCUAUGAUGUCCAGGACCUUCUACAGCCUCUAGUCUCCAGACAACCUCAGAAGACAGCAGCAGAACAAGAGCCUGAGGCUGGUCCAUCAUCGGGUCCACCAACAUCUUUCAAACAGCUCAGGGAGCUACUCCAGAAGAGCCUUCAGAUCCUGCAGGAUGAAGGCUUGGUGUUCCGCAAGGUCAAAUCUCAGGAGGAAGUCUACCAUGUAACGGAACGGGACAAGGAUCUUCUCAUGGCAGUCAGAGACAUUCUUCGGGAAGAUUGCAGACGAGAGAAAUAUGUGGAAAAGGGUUGCCACAUCCUGCACGUUCUGUCCAGUGUGAGACAGAGGUACAGUCGCAACGUGAGCAAGGCAGCCUUAGAGCUGGUCCUCAAAGCUCUGGAGUGUAAUAGUGACAUCAUCAGCACCAGCGACAGUCAUUACACUAUCCUCUGACGCUGACUUGGACAUUCUGGAACAUUCCACAAACCGUCUGAAAUGGAGGGAAACAGGGAGGUACUAUCCGACCUUGUCCAAUACGAAACGCAUGUUUUUGUUUCCCGUUGGAAAAAUAUAUGUAACGUGUGCCCUAAUAAAUAUGACCCUUAAUA